UUUCAUUUCUCCAAAGACUUUCAGAACCCAACUCUUUGCUGUAUGUCAAAUUCAAUUCAAUUAUUAACCCCAAAAAGGCAGCAAGAAAAAAUAUCCCAAUAUUCUGCAUUUUUCUGAAAAGCUCUCACUCUCUAAUUCUGUGUAACCUAAUUCCUGUUGGGCUUUAUUUAUUAAUUAAAUUAUGACGGUUUGGAGCCGCGCAGUGGUAAGAUGGCGAUGUAGUAGAGUCACCAAUUUAACCUACCGGGGUUUUUGUUAUAAUAAACCUUCUAAAACUGACCUUCAAGUACCGCCGUUGCCGGCGAAUUUGCCGGCAGGUUCUCCGGCAAGUAGUUUUAAAGACAAGGGCAGAAAUGUGCAAUGGGUGUUUCUGGGUUGUCCAGGUGUGGGCAAAGGAACGUAUGCAGCUCGACUUUCAAAGCUUCUUGGCGUACCUCACAUAGCUACUGGUGAUCUCGUUCGUCACGAACUCUCUUCUCAUGGACCCCUCGCUUCUCAGCUUGUCGAUAUUGUCAACCAAGGGAAAUUAAUCUCAGAUGAAAUUAUAAUAGAUUUGCUGUCCAAGCGACUUGAAGCUGGAGAAGCUAAGGGUGAAGCAGGAUUUAUUCUUGAUGGAUUUCCUCGAACUAUACAUCAGGCGGAAAUCUUAGAGGGAGUAACGGACAUCGACUUGGUGAUUAAUUUGAAGCUCCGGGAAGAUGCAUUGAUUGCUAAGUGCUUAGGAAGAAGGAUUUGUAGCGAGUGUGGAGGUAAUUACAAUGUUGCAUGCAUUGAUAUCAAGGCUGAUGACGACAAAACUAGAAUGUACAUGCCUCCCCUACUCCCUCCUCCGCAUUGUGAAAACAAACUUAUUACGCGGUCUGAUGACACCGAAGAUGUUGUGAAGGAACGCCUCCGCAUCUACCAUGAAACGAGCCGACCAGUGGAGGACUUUUAUCGCAGGCGGGGUAAGCUGUUGGAGUUUGAUCUCCCUGGAGGAAUUCCAGAGUCGUGGCCGAAGUUGCUUCAGGCUUUGAAUAUCUAUGACGAUGAGGAUAAGAAGUCUGCAGCAGCAUGAUAUUCUUUGUCUUGUCGGUAAGGGUGUACUAGUGUUAUAGGUUCAUUCUUUUCAUGCAUUGUAUUUAAAAUCAGGAUAUAUAACGGGGUUCUCCAACCCUUUUCUCCCCCACAGUUGUAUAAUUGUAUUAAGCAAAGGCAACUGUAACAGUUGUAUAAUAUUUCUUGUAAGGUCACCGGAGCUGUAUAUUUACCUUAGUACGUCGUGUGAUAGCGGUGUCACAAUAGUGGAUACAUUUAAUUCAUCGGUAACCAAAAAUAUGCUUUGCUUGUAUUAACAGAGUGUAAUUCAAGUUGGUAUUCAUUACUUAUCGUGUUUUGUUUGCA